AUGGCCGCAGCGCUCGUGGCGCGGCCCGAGAGCGUGGAGACGUGGGAAGCGCUGCUUUCAGCACUGCUUCCCCCGCUAGCGCUGGUCGAUGGCGUCCCGGACGCGUGCUCGAUCGAUCCCACGUGCGUGCCGCCGGCCUCGGCGCUUGGUGCGUGGUGGGCCACGAUGCAGCAUACCCUUCUGACCAAUACGAUCGUCACAUGGGGCGCACAGCUCGCAGAGCACGCGCUGCUCCGCCCUAUACUGCGCGGCUACUUUGCACCGCAUGCUUCCACAAGUGCGUGUGCGUGUGUGUGGCGGCAUACCCUUCAGACAUGCACCGAGCAGCUUUUCGCCGCGCGCCAAGCGCAGAUCCACCCCGCGGUGCGCACAGCGCUUGGCGAUGUGCUGGGCAUGUUUGGUGAGGGGGAUGUAGUGUUGCGCAUGCUGUGUGCUUGCGAUGCAGAGCCGCGCGCAGCGAAGCGCGACGCCAUGUGGACGGAUACGUGUGCCCAGCUCAUUGCGCUGCCAUUGCGCGCGGCAAAUUUCUACGCACACGAAACGCCGGUGCCCGAGCAGGCGUAUAUGCAGCGCUUAGCGUUGUCAUGGGAGCGCGCACUUGCGCCGGAACAUGCCGAGCGUCUCGCCGUGCUUGCGGCGAAAUUUGUGCGCACUGGCUACACCACGCCUCAUCCAUCGCGCACCUCUUUUUGGGAGGCAGUCAUGCCUGCCAUGAUAGCCAGGUCUGUUGCACACGCCGCACCCCCCUUUCCCGCACCGUACACGCAUGCAUGGCGCACCGUGCUCGAGGCACUCGAGACGUGGCAAGGCGCUUGGGUACACACACUCGCACGCUACCUGGACCAAGCGUGCAUUGCUCCGUCGCCCUGUGCGUGGCCCCUCGCGCCGCAUGAGCAAGGCCCCGGCACGGAAGGCAAGGCAUUCUUCUCGCAGCGCGCACUCGACGCACGCAACGCAGUGUAUGCGCUCUUGGCACUAGUAGGCGGCGUACACGUAAACGGCCCGGACGCGCCCGACACGCAGUACACGACGCGCCUCGCCAUGCUACAUAUCGGCAACGCAUUCCCUAGCACUGUGUGGACGCCACUGAUUGCCCUUGCAUUCGCCGCGUGGCUCCACGACGAUGCGCUCCAGGAACUCGUUGCGUUCUGGAGCGAAAAAGACCGCAUCGUGCGCGCCUCUGUCAAGCAGGAGCAGUACCUUGCAGCGAUGCUGCUUGCCUACACGACUACCGCGCGCACAUUGCCUGCAUGGAAGCACAUUGCCACCGCGCCGCAUUUCUUGCAGGGCGUCUCGAGCCACUUGGCGCACACCGAUCCAUGCGUACGCAGACUCGGUAUGCUCGUCGCGGAAUGUGUAAGCGCAGUGACCGUCACACCUCCUGCCAAGCCACUUGCAUUUCCACGCGCGGUAUGGGAUGGCCGAGGCGAGGGGAAAGAAGUUUGCCGUGUCUUGCGCGCACUGCAGCACACGUUCCGCAUGGACCAUGUCGUGGAUGCGCGCGGUAACCUGGACGCAUGGCAGGCGGCACUUGCCGUCACGCAUGCGCCGCCUGCCGUGGCAUACCCGGCGGCGCGCGCGCCGCCUCUGUCGCUGCGCCGCCCGGUGCGAAAAGCUCCGAGCACCGCGCGCGCUAUGAUCCACGUACUCGAGCCCGAUGCCCCCUCUUCCACCUCGUCCGCCUACAUUUCCUACGACACUCCCGCGCAGGCAGAGGACAUGUCAGACGACGAGCCCGACUCGAGCGACGACGAGGUUGCGCCUGCGGCUGCACCGGGCACACUCGACACUGCGCUGCAGAAGCACACGCCGCCUCCGGUCUACAUCCACCAACUCGCGCCGCUUGCGCGCGCACACGACUACCGCCAAAACAAGCUGCUGCUCCGUCAUGCCGCGCCGCUGCUCCGGCGCAAGACGGGGUGGGGCAACGAGAUUGCGGAGCACGCCACCGACUUGUGCAUUGCCUUGUGCGCCAUGCAAGACACGUACCAUAUCCGCGAUUUUCAGCAGCGGCGCAUCGCCGCGCUCGCGGCGCUGUGCACCGCGUGCCCCGACCCUGCUGCGGACUGCAUAUUUGAGCAGCUCUUCCUGCCACACUACAGCGCCAUGCAGCGCAUUGCAAUGCUGCAUGCGACCGCAGACGCUGCACAGGAAUUGGCGGGGUGUAGUCCUACCCAAAGCCCUCCCGAGACGCUCGAGCACCUUGCCGAUGUAGCUGCACAGCGCGCGCGGCAGCUCGGUGAGGACCAGGUAGUAGCGUCGGCGCCGCAUGCAGAUGCUGCGCGUCUGCAUGCCGUGCGUGCUGCUCUCGCACGACCGCCAGCGUUUGCGCCGCCUGGGAGCAUCAAGCCGACGGUGCCGUUUGCCAUGGUCGCUACGACUACGUUUCUGUACCCUCUCGCGAACCGCCUGUGGACGUAUUGGCGUGCGCCGCGGCGCUUGUACGCUGGGUCCGAGGCGCUGAUGACGCCCAGUGUGCUCGCGGCACUUUUGCACACGCUCGGUCUAUUCUCUCAUUUUGGGCGCAAUGCCGCGCGCUUUUACCGCGAGGCUGUGCCGGAUUUGCUGCAGAUCGUCGACCAUGUUCUUGCGGAGUUGAACGAAGAUGUGCUGGUGUGUGGUGCGGCGCUGGCACUGGCACUUGUGCUACUUGAUGCCGUCCGCGAUGCGCACAUGGAAAUGGCGCUUUUUCAGCAGCACGCUCCGUUGCUUGCGCGGCUCCAGCAAGGGGCGUACGGCGUUUUUCAGGCGCAGGAUGCGGGAGUGGACAUGGCUGCAUCGCCAAGUGCGCGCGCGUGUCGUGCAGCAGCAGGCGUCGUCGUGCAGCUCACUGCGAUCUCGGAGGAGGCGCAGCAGAUGUGGCUAAAAAAGGGGGCGAUGUAG